CAACUCCAAUGCCUGCUUUCUUCUCCCAUAGUCCCAUUGCUGGGUCUCCAGCUCCUUACGUGGCUCCCUCCAUCGCGUCACACGCCAUGGUCGGCCGCCUUCCCACUACCUGUCCUUUCCUCUUCCUUUUCGUCCUCCUCCUCGGUUCUCAAUCCAUUGCGAAUCUUCGCAAUAUCUAAUCCUUCCCCGAAUCCCGCACGGUGCACGGAGAUGCACCUCAAUCUUCACCCGAUCUUAGGGAGAUCCAAAGGACUAAUUUUGAUAUUCGGAGAUGUUACACACACACAUAUAUAUUAUGAAAAUGUUAAGUAAUAAGAGAAGCAAGAUGCAAAAUGCAAGGAGAAUAUGUUUAAUACAACUUUCAAAUUUCAGAUUUGUUCCUGUACAUCUCAGGGGAAGUCCAAGAAGAAGAGAAGUCAAUGGCAUGCCUUGACCUAGAUUCUCCACAACUCUUAUUAAAUGAGCAUUUGUGUGAUGGACUAUUUAACCUAUUUCCAGUAGGCAACACUUCAUCCAAAAGUUUUAGUGUUCCAAAUUCAUUCAAAUAUCAAUCAACUAGUGGUAGCAUUCCACCACCACCUCCACUCCCAGCCAGAGAUACUUGUGGUGCAAAAAAAUAUUCCAAAAUUUUUAAAGAUUAUUGUUUUGUGCCUAAAGAAACAAGGGAGGCUUGGGACAAGCUUUUCUGUGAAGGAUAUGAAGCUGAUGUUCGCAUUCUUACAGAAGAUAUGGAUCUUAUUAUGGCGCAUUCAAGCAUUCUUGCAAAUGCAUCGCCUAUCCUGAAAAAUAUGUUAGAGCAAGCAAAAAUCAAAGAGAGGAUUCGAAAGAUAAAAAUACCUGGUGUGCCUUCAGAAGGUGUUCGUACAUUUGUACGGUUCCUUUACUCUGCUUGCUAUGAACCAGAGUUGAUAAAGAAAUUUGUUCUUCAUCUUCUUAUAUUAUCCCAUGCAUUUGCAAUCCUUUCCCUGAAAAGUACUUGCAUCAAACUACUAGAGCAGGAGUUGACCACAGAGAAUGUUGUGGAUGUGCUUCAACUGGCUCAGCUAUGUGAUGCUCCUCAGCUCUCUUUGGUAUGCACACGACUAAUUACUAAAGAUUUGAAGUCCAUCUCAGUCUCGGAAGGGUGGAAAACAAUGAAGAAAACCAAUCCCAGUCUAGAACAAACACUUCUUGAGUCUCUUGUAGAGGAAGAUUCUAGAAGGCAGGAUCGAAUGAAAAGGUCGGAAGAAAGAAAAAUGUACAAGCAUUUGCAUGAAACAAUGGAAGCUCUUAUUCAUAUUUGCAGAGAUGGAUGCCGGACAAUUGGUCCUCGCAGCAAGAUGCUUAAGGAUGAUGAAACCAUCUGCCAAUAUGCAGCUUGCAAGGGACUUGAGUCGCUUAUUCGCCACUUCUUCAGUUGUCCACUGCGAGUCCCAGGCGGUUGCACACAGUGCAAGAGAAUGUGGCAGAUUUUUGAGUUGCACUCACAGAUGUGCUCAGAACUGGACUUAUGCAAGGUUCCUCUCUGCAGGCAUUUCAAGGAUAAGAUGAAGCAGCUGAUCAAAAAGGAAGAACACAAGUGGAAAUUGCUGGUCAGUAAGGUAAUGGAAGCAAAAGGUACAAUUAGUUCCAUCUCCUCACGCAGACUUCUUUUAGAGUUGAAUAACAAAGAACAUAGUAUUUAUGGAAGAUGAGAUAAAAAUCGAUUGAAUGUUGGAUCGGGAUGUGCUAUGGUUCCAAAGAGAGGUCUGUGUAAUAACUGGGUCAGUCUUCAAAAGAGCAACUGCAUUAGCUGUAAAGAACAAAUUAUGAGUUUCCGCAUUAGCCAAUCGAACACACAGAAUAACCACAGGUGGAAAUACUAGUUUUUCGAGUGCA